AUGGCCAGUCACAGUGCUCGACUAGUGACCUCUGUGUCAGGACAAUGUCAUCGGGGAGAAGACUCUGAGACUGAGCCACAGGAAUUGGCCAGUUCAUCUCAGAUAGUAGAAAAUAAAGUUGACUUGGAACUUGGAGAGUUUUUUGAUGGUCUCGAUGAACCAGACCACGACAACCCACCCCAUCAUCCAUCACACUCAUGUGCACCAUCACCGAGCUACAUUGAAGAUGCUAUGCCAGAUCCUCUUGAUGCUGAUGAAGAAGGCAACUCAAUGCACAAGGAGCACGUCAGUGCAGCAGCAGCUAAGCUCCUUAAGACUGGUGAAUAUCUUCGGCUCCCCAACUCUUCUGAGGUUCUCAAGAAAGCCUGCCUCAGUUUUUACUAUGGCAAUGGUAAAAAAGCGCUCAAGCUAACUGAUGAAUUUCAACACCAAAUUCCUGUCAACGGCCUUAUUCUGGUGGCCACAGUUGCGAAGGGUGUUCUCUCUGGCUUCUGCGACAGUGGUAUUGACAAGUCCAUUGACAAAUUGAUGGAUGUUCCCAAACAUUGUGUGGAGCUUGAAGAGAUGCUGAGGGAAUGGGCCAAGGAGGGGAUGAUAGGUGAACUUUGCAAUGACUCGGACAGUGCAGUGGACAGCGAGGAUAAUAAUAUCAUUAUUUAG